AUGCAAGAAGAAUCGGUUUCAAUCAGUAAUUCUUGUCAACCUUCAAUGAGUAAUUCUUGUCAACCUUCUUGUUACAUGGGAAACAAUAUACCAAUCAAAAUGGUGACUUUACCAGAUUUAGUGAAACCAGACAAUCUUAACAACAUGGAAAUUUUACCCGAAAUUGAGCUCCCUUCAACAACUGAGACAAAACCAUUCGUUGAUCAUCCGCAGCCACUGCAAUUCGCUUUCCCACAACUCCCUGAACCAGAACUAGACAUUCCACUCUUAUCAGAAAAUCAAAACCUCGAUUUGGAUGUGUUUGGUCGUGGAGAAAUUUCUGAACCUGAAAACGGCUCACACUUCCCUUUGGAUUUACCCUUUUUUGGGUUAGGAAAUGCCGACCGAGACUUGGUGAAGGGGAGCAGCAUAAACACUGAAACCCCAGAUAGUUUCUUCGACGAUUUUCCACCAGACAUGUUCGAUUAUAUGGAACCGCCACUCCCUAGCUCAUUCCACUGA